CAUCUAUUAUGCCAAUCCAUCUAACGACGCCGUAGUAAUGUUGAUCAACAUCUGUAGCUACUUCCACCAGUGACCCCACGCCGAUAUCUUCUUGUAAGUCAAUAGGAGAUCUGGACACUGGAGCUGAACGCGGCGAGCCUGGUGGCGGCUGGUCGUAUAGCUCUUCGGGUAACUCUCCACUACAAACAUCUGUAUCACAAAAACAACACUAAACAAGUAUAGAACACCCCAAUAAAGCACUAUUUAACUGCAAUCAAACAUACUUUGUUGCAACUGCAAAACGCAAAGAGGUAUAUCAUCAAAAUUAACAUCCACCAGGUAGCCACACGACAUUAUUGAAGUUCUCUUUAUUUGAACCAGCCGGUCGGUCACCCGCCGCGCUAUUUACUACUGUCUAUAUUUAGAAACUUUGGGAAAUCUAUAAUCGGCGGACUAUACACGCAUGUUAACCAAUGGACGUAGUGGGUUAUUUUAAAUUAAAAACCUAGUGCAUAAAGGAAGACAGUCUGUAAUCAAGUACCUAAAGUGGACAGAAAUGGUAAAUAAUCGUUUAUCACUUUCAAGAUUUGUUUUUAAUUGACUAUGUUGUGUGAUAUGUGCUGGGUAGUGUAUCCCUACAACGUAGUAUUACCCGUAUUCAAAAUUAUACAUUUUCAAACUAAAAACAUAGACGUAAGUCUAGAGAUGGAUACAGAUGUGUUGUCUUAACUUAUGUCUGUGUAAGUUUUUACAAACUUUAAGUCGGGAAGACAGUGCUAAGCUGUCUGGUCAAGGGAUAUCCAGAAGUCGUAACUUUCCUAACUUAUCCAAAGCAAUGAACAUUAUAAAUAGUCUACUAACCAAUCAAUAUACCGGUCUCAACUUUCUUGGUUUCCUGAACCAUUUUGUUUUUGUUGCUCAAAUCUUCAGGAACUGUGGGUAAGAUUCUGCCAGAAUUUGUUUGUUUGUGUCGUCUUCGUUCAGGGGCUAGGUGAGCCAAAAGGUUUACAGAUUUGACACGCUCAUGUUGCGAAGAACGCUGCAUAGUGCGAACCAAACUGCGGGGCACUGAUCCAUAAUCUGGACACUCAGGCUCACGGGGUGCUGGUGGCCAGUUGCCUCCAAUAAGAUUGAAAAGAUCUAUCUAAAAUGGAAAAUGAGUUAAGUUUUAAUUUCUUGUUUAUUUCCAAUUGAUUUACAAAUGACGUGAGCAGAGAUGCGAAACGAUUUUUAUUAUAAGUACACAUACAAAUUUAAAAUGCAAAUGCAUUGUUAUUUUUAUAAAUUUCUAAUAUAAAUACAAAAUGGUUUCGAAUUAAAACUUUGCAACAACAACAACCUUUUUCGUAUAUAACUCCUUAAUUUGGAACCCCUUCCUAGAAAUAUUGUUAAAAUACUCUCAAGGUCGAAAACUCCCUCUGUUUUCUACUACUACUACUACUAGCUAGUGUAUGUAUAAUCAAAUUGCAUAAGUAUAGCUUUUUAUUUCUUUCUCUUUAGGUACAGUUAAUUGAAGUCUUAUCAUUUUUUUAUACAUAUCUCUUUAAUUAUUUUCAACAGUUCAAAGAGUAAUAAAAAAAACCAAGGGGUUUUCGCACUUCGCACAUUUAGGUCAGGGGCCACGGUCAACUAAACAUUGGGCACUGUAUAUAUUGUUGCGUGAGCCUUCAGAUCUCGUUACGGGGUGUACUAUAUGUAGCGAAAAUAUGAAAAGCCUUUUCAUAUUUUCGCCGAUUUUCGUAUAACCAACAUUGAGUAGCGCCUUCUGUUGUCCAGGAUGGUCUUGCUCCGUUUUAGUCAUGUCUAUAUCGUUUUAAGUGUACGCACUCCCUAAUUAACGAAACUACUAUAAAUGAAUAAAAAUAAGUUUAGAAUGUGUUCAUCAUGGCCUUCAAUUUGAUGUCCAUAUUCUGCCUCCUCCAUCUCAUUUUUUUAACUUUUCGUAUUCUGUGGCUCUUACGUAUUGUCUCUUUUUCUUAUACAUCUUAAUCUUUUUAGUAAUUAGGAAGUUAUGGUGGAAUCAAUGCACAUACGAACAUUCAAGUGAGCUCUGAAAACAUUACCCUCCUUUUUCAGCAUGUAAAUGUGUGCAAUAGACAGUGAACAGUUUGACUUGAAAUACAUAUGCUAAUUGUUGUUGGCAAUAUUAAACAUGGGAUAGGCGUGUGAUUACGCAAAAAAAGAAAUUUAUGAAUUGAAGUUCAUAAUGAAACCAUUUUGUAUUAACUAAAUACAAAAUAUUUAAAAUAUAAACACUGGAAAUAAAAUAUAAAUAAUUGUGAAAAAAUAUAUUUUACAAAAUAAUUAUAUAAAGAGAAGAGAUAUUUAUAUUUGCAUUUCAAAUUUAUGUAUUUCAAAUGAACCCAUCUCUGGAACAUUAAUUAUGAAAGAAUAAACAAUUAUUCUUUCAUAAUUAAUGUUUUAAGAUAUUUAAUAUAUAAAAGUUAACAAAAUUGGCAAUUGGUUAAUACAGAUGAAGAAAUAGAGGUGUAUGGAUGGAUUGUAGCAAGUGUGCAUAGGUGUUAUCAUAAAUAAGAGCUAAUCCAAAGAUUAAGGGUGCUGAGCCCUGUUAUUCCACUAUCCACCACCCCCCUAAGAACAUCCAAGUAGUCCAUCCAUAUUUAUGUGAUUUAUUAAUUAUUAGUACAAAUAUUCAUCUGGACUAAUGCCCCUAAACACUACAACCGUGGAUCCAACACUGACCAUGUUGUAAUUUUUAUGUGUGUACAUACUAAGAAUAUAUAUUAAUUUAAAUAUAAUGUCAGUGCAUAUUUAUUUUUAAGCAUGAGACUGUUCAAUUUUUAUAUACAUCUAGUAACUUUUUCUUUGGGUAUUAUUAUAUAUUUACUAGCUGUCCCAGCGAACUUCGUCCCGCCAUAAAAAAAUAGGUGUUGGUGGUAGAAAGUUGAACAUUUAGGGAAGUAUGUAUUUUUGUAUGAUGUAUCAUAAAAAUAGUAAAAAAAAAAUUUUUUUUCUUAAAUAAAAAAAAUUAAAAAAAAAACCUUAACAUUUAGGGGGAUGAAAAAAAAGAUUACAUCCGAUUCUCAGACCUACUGAAUAUGCAUAUAAAAUUUCACGAAAAUCGGUCGAGCCGUUUCGGAGGAGUUUAACCACAAACACCGUGACACGAGAAUUUUAUAUAUUAGAUUUGCAAAAAAUAUAUAUCUAAUUUAGGUUAGGUAAAACAUAAGCUUCUAUAGUUUUAGACUAUUGAUAUUGGUAUGGUGGAUAUUUAGAAAAAUAUAAGUGAAGGUUAAGUAAAUAAAUAAAGGUAUAUUAAGGCAGUAGAAUAAAUUGCUUUUCAUAAACUUAGCAACAGUUAAAAAGAUUUUUAAGGAUUUAGCUAUGAUUAUUAAUUUAAGCCCAUCCUGAAAUUAAUAAAAGCUGAAUUAGUAAUAAAAUUCAAAUCUUUGUCAGAAUAAUCUGACAAUUAGGAUAAAAAAAACCUGUGAAUUGCUGGUGCUUCCUUUAAUGUCCUGGUGAGAUUCAUUACUCAUUUUUGUUGAGAUUCACUUUUAACUUUUCUUAAUAAAUUUCACACUGACCAAAACAACAACUUCAUCAUUGUCAAGUUUCAAGCUUUGUAUAAUUCUUAAAGCAAAAACAAUAAAUAUCAAUGGUGUAAAGCAUACAAUCUACAAGCCAUAAGUUUAUAUUCAGAAGAGUAUAAUCUGUGCUGAAUAUGUACAGAAAAACAUAAUAAAGAGCACAGGCAGAGGGAUGGGGGUAGCAUAGUACAAAUUAAAAAUAUUGUAGCAGUAGAAAAUUUACAACAAUAUACUUAAAGUAUGUGUACUUAAAAUUACUUCCCAUAAGCACACUAUUUAAGUUGUAAAUAUAAUCUGAUAUUAGGCCCAAGCCUUUUCCAGCAUAAAAAUUUGAUGACAAACAUACUUUGAGUCAUAUUUUGCACACCUUUUGAAUACCAUAAGGAGUUAUAUCACUAACAACAAUUGAAAAGGUACUGAUAUGUACAGUAUACUAUUAGUAAGAAGGAAUUACAAAUUUAAAAAUGUUCUAAUACUUAUUUGUAUAAAUGAAAGGAGCUCGAUGGUGCAGGUGGUUAGCGCGUUUGGCUGCGAUUGUUGAAGAUAUGCAAUUUUCGCAGUGGUCGGUCAUUGGAUGGGUGACCAAAAAAUUUUCUAUUUUGAGUUUCCCAUGCUUCGGAAGGCACGUUAGGCUAUUGGUCCUAGCUGCAUCUGCAGUCAUUGGCACCCGCCAAUCCGCACUGGGCUAGCAUCGUGGGUCAUGGCCCAAUCUCACUUUUCCAUCAAUAGGGAAGGCCUGCGACCCAGCAGUGAGGACAUUAAUAGGUUUAUGAUGAUGAUAAAUAUAAGUUGUAACCCCCCUUGCGAUUAAUAGUUCAAUACCCUUCCGAUGAGUCUAUUGAGGUAGAUCUGGCAUCCGAGUACUUUUUUAAUUUUAUUUCAACCUCAUAUUGUUUUAAUACAAUUUUUGUCUUAUUAGUCCUUUAUCUAUCUAUAUCAUCAACCUUUAUUUUUUAAUAUGACAAAGUUAAAAGUGGAUUUUUCAUAUAGACAGGGGAAAAGAAAAAUCACUUAAUAAACACCACUUUAGUAAACUCUACAUAAACAAGGAUCAAAGGUUUCUUGGCUUUUCACAAAAAAUAAAACAUUAAUAGAGCGUAAGGGCCAUUGGUUAAAAAAACACCAAAAUUUAUGUUGCUUUAGCAUUGUGAACAAUAAAAAUCUUUUGAGUUGCUUAAGCGCCAAAAGAGUACUCAAAUCACCACUAAAUAUAAACAGAUUGACGCAGAAAAAAAACUGAUUCAAAUGAUGUAUAUAACUCAUUUUCAACCAGAGGUGUAUAAGCGAUUUUGCUUUUCCAUUGUCGAUAUACUUUUUUAUAAAUCAUUAGAUUUACAUUUUCUGACAAUAAUAUCACUUUUUUUCUGAUUUAUUUGUUUAUUUAAAUAAAUACAAAUAAACUAUGCAACUUAAAAUUUAUUCACUUUGUAUUUAAAACUAAUUGAUAAUUUAUAAAUUAAAUUAUCUAAUAAUAUUGAAAACCUGCACACACAAUUGACUAAUCCCAGAGUCGAAAUGAACUAAAUUGUUUACUAGAAGAAUAUUUAUCAGUUUUAUUGCUUGGUGUGAUGUUAAGAUCUUAAAGGAAUUCGAUAAUAUCGAACUGAAGACAGGUAUUUUGAAACUAAAGAUGUAAAAUUAUGUAGGACUAAAUAUCGUAUUUAACAUUAGAAAUUGGACUUCAGAAACUUGUACUUUUUACCUUUAAAUAAUUUAUGAUAACAUUUCUACUUACAGUAUGAAAUGGCUGCAAAGGUGUGACAUUGAAACAAUCAAUAAGUAUGAACUUAUUUACUUCUAGUAAAGCAGAAUACGUAGUAGAGAUGAUUUUUAAAGUAAUUCAAAAUUGUCUUUUGCAGUGUAAAAAAGACAUUUCCUCUGUAAACAGUGUUUUUGAUUCGAUUUAAUUCAUUUCAUGCCAAGAUUGCUACAAAUCAACAAGCAAGUGUCAAGUCAACAACAAAAAAUGACUUCAUGUCAUGACUGACAUUGACACCUUCAAUUUGCCAGAUGAUUUGUGUGACCUUCAAAAAUAUUACAAAUCUGCCGAAUUAUUUUACAAUAUGCCAAAAUUUCCUGUUUAUUGUUCACAGUCAUAAUUUUUGACAUUCAAAGGAUUUCGUUUUCAAAGGAAUUAUUUCUUAUAUUCAACAACUUGAAAUAAUUGACAUUUCUUGUUUAUUUAUUCUAAUGCUACAAGAUUUGCUUCAAAUUCUUCAUAUUCCUUGAUUAUCACAACACAACACAUGUUCCAUUUAUUUUUUCGAUAGCUUGAAGGAGACACUACUUCGUGCCAAAACAGCUUGGCAGCUGGUUUUAUACUUGAAUUUCCAAAUAGAGAUUUAUAGAAUACAGAACUCCGUUCAAUACCAAUGUUGAGUGCAACUUUUUAACUUGCGGUCUAUCCGCUAACUUUUUUCACAUCUACAGUGUGUAAAUAAAGAGAAAAUUUUAUAUCCAUCGAUGCUUUUCAGAACAAGUAUAUUAGUGGCAUUAGAAUAAAACAGUAGAGGAUUACUAAAUAGCUCGGUGAUUACCACUUUCAUCUGUAAAAAGCUGUAAGCGAAUAAGCCCACUUGACGUUUAAAUUUUGACAUAAAAUGUAUGAAAAAUAGGUUACUGUUCGACGCAGCCCAGUACUUUACGACCAUUGUUACUUGCUUGUUUUUUAUUGAAAUACCAAAAUGGUAGAAAUUACUCUUUAAUGGUCACAUUGCGGAUGGCAUUAAUAUACUUUUUAUUUCUCCAAAUGUAGGAAAAGGAAAAUCAAAUUAAACAGAAGGAAAUAAAGUAAAGAACUUGUUUUCUAAAGUAAAGUUCAUCCAUGGGUUAACCUUUCAAUGUCAGAGAUGUCAAACUCCCAGUACCUACUCUGGGCUUCUGAAGUCAGCUCAUUUCAGUAGAAAAUGAUAAAUAUAGUUCACUGAGGUUUGUUAAUUGAAAUUUUUAGGUUCCUAUUAAUUGGAAAAAAUCUUAGCAAACUUACGGUAUCACGUAUGCUUGCUUUGUUCUAUGCUACUGCUCAUAAAAUGAUUCGCCAAGGAAGUAUAGAUGAUAUAAAUGCACAGCAAUUUUUGAAAGUCUCAAAUUAUGAGGAUACAGUGCGACAGUUGGACAUUUAUUAUGCCAUUGUAAAAAGACAGCUGUUGCGGUUUCAAAGCCCUAUCACUGGGUUAUUUCCAGUCCUUUCAUCAGAUCUCCACAUUGGUAGUGUUAGAGACAGCGUAUACUGUGCAGCUGCCGUAUGGGGAUUAUAUCAAGCCUAUAGACGUAUUGACGAUGACCGUGGUAAGUCGCACGAGCUUGGACAGAGCACAGUGAAGUGCAUGCGAGGCAUACUUGAGUGCUGGGUAAAGCAGGCGGCGCGCGUAGAAGCGUUUAAGACACGGCAAAGUGCGGCCCACGCACUCCAUGUCAAGUUCCAUCUGACCACUGGCGAGCCUGUAUUAUCAGAUGACCAAUACCAUCACCUUCAAAUAGACGUUGUCUCCCUCUAUCUGCUGUUUCUGGUACAAAUGAUCACUUCGGGACUGCAGAUAAUUUAUACACAGGAUGAAGUGGCAUUUGUUCAGAAUCUAGUAUAUUAUGUGGAACGUGCCUAUCGAACACCAGAUUAUGGAAUGUGGGAAAGGGGAACCAAAUACAAUGAUGGCAAACCCGAAAUACACGCUUCAUCUAUAGGUAUGGCCAAGGCAGCACUAGAAGCAAUUAACGGAUGCAACCUGUUUGGCGACAAGGGUGCAUCGUGGAGUGUCGUGUAUGUCGACAUAGAUGCUCACAACAGAAACAGGAGUAUAUUUGAAACUAUGCUCCCUCGGGAAUCGAGCUCAAAGGGUGUUGAUGCCGCUCUCCUACCAACGAUAUCUUUUCCGGCGUUUGCCACCCAUGAAGAACACCUUCUGCAGUUAACUAAAUCGAAUAUGCUGCGGCGUCUGCAAGGAAAAUAUGGAUUAAAAAGAUUUAGUCGCGAUGGAUAUAAAUGCGUUCUUGAAGACCCGACCAGGAGGUAUUAUCAAGAAGGAGAGUUAAAAGAAUUUGAUGGCGUAGAGUCUGAAUGGCCCCUAUUUUACGUGAUGAUGAUUAUCGAUGGAGUAUUUCGCACAUUGCCGGAACAAGUAGAAGAAUAUCAGAGAUUGUUGAAAGCAAGAAUAUACAUGGAUGAGUAUGGAGACCCAGUUAUACCUUGGUAUUAUUACGUGCCUCGCGAAUUAAUUGAUAACGAGCGUAACGAACCAAAUUCCGUUCGCAGACUGCCAGCUAGCCAACCUGGUGAAGUUGACAACGAAGACACGGGGGGCUUGUUCCUGUGGGCGCAGUCGAUGUUCGUGGUGGCGCAGCUGCUGACGGGCGGGCUGCUGCACGUGAACGAGCUAGACCCUAUACGACGGUACCUGCCCUCGUACAACCGCCCGAGGCGCGCCGGACGGUACUCCGCCUUCCAGGCCAAGCCAGCAUUUGGUAUAGCCACUGACUUAGUGGUGCAAGUCGUGUUGAUCGCGGAGUCGAUGCGACUCCAAGCUAUGAUGGGAACGUAUGGCAUACAGACGCAGACGCCUCAUGAAGUUGAACCUGUACAGGUCUGCAGUUCAACUCAACUAGUGCACGUGUACCGAGAGUUGGGCGUUUGUCCUAAACUGAAGUUAACCGGUCGACCGAUAAGACCUGUGGGUUCGCUGGGGACGAGUAAGAUAUACCGAGUGUGCGGCAUGACUGUUCUGUGCUAUCCUCUGAUAUUCGAAGUUUCCGAGUUUUAUCUGUAUCGAGAUAUGGCGCUUCUCAUAGAUGACAUUAAAACUGAACUUCAAUUUGUGGGAAAGUACUGGCGUCUCUCUGGCAGACCAACUGUCUGUUUGUUAGUGCGCGAGGAGCACAUGCGUGACCCACACUUCAAACAAAUGUUGGAUCUGUUCGCAAUGCUCAAGAAGGGCCACUGCGAUGGAGUCAAGGUGCGGCUCGGACGCUUACAAAAUCUCAUCUCUAGUUCCUGCAUGGAACAUCUGGACUUCAUGAGCCAAGGGGAGUUUCCUUCGGAGAUGUUCACUCAGUUCCGCCAGUUGGAACACGAGUAUAUCGGCUACCAGUCACUGACGGAUGUGCCGCGUACGCUGACGUAUCGUGAGGACGCGGUCUCCUUCGACGGCUACAAGCAUCGCAGCACUCCCGACGUAGUGACAGCAUUGAGAGGAACCGAUAAUAUAUUCGCUCAAUGCCAGCUCUGGGGAAUUUUACUGCAGCGGGAGGGACCUAUGUAUGAGGUGAACGGCAACACAGCGCUGGAUUCUCUAAAGUCGUUGUACCAUAGCGCGGGCGUACUGCGUCACUGGCGCGCGGUGCGCUACUGCUCCUCCCUACUCAACCACACCGUCGACUCCAUCAGCCCGUUCAUCACCACCGUGCUCGUCAACGGGAAGCAGCUUACGGUGGGAGUUAUCGGUCAGAAGGAGACGGUGUUCGACAAGCCCAUGACCCCCGGAGAGAUACAGUCCGUCAUGUACUCUACCAUACAGCCGUAUGACGUCAUCGGCGCAGUAUUGCAACAGGAGAUAGUGCUGUACUGCGGUCGCCUGAUCGGCACCAAUCCGGACAUGUUCCGUGGAAUCUUGAAGAUCCGCGUGGGCUGGGUGUUGGAAGCGAUUCGCAUCUAUCUGGAACUGUUCCCCGGCGAGAAGCGAGCGGACGCCACGCUGGAGAGUCUGUCGCCGUACAAACUGCGCACGUUGCUGCAACACGUGCUCACUGUGUCCGACUGGGCCGAGGAAAGGGGGUUGACUCCGCUACAACGGCGUCAACUGGAAGGAUGUCUUUGCCGUGUUCCAAAACAUUUUUACAUCCAUGUUUGGGAUGUAUUACUAAAAACUCCGAAAGGAAUAACAGUUCAAGGCCACUGGAUUCCCGCAGAGCCGACUCUGGUGAACAUGUCACGUUCGGAGUUAUCGUUCGCGUUACUGGUAGAGGAAGCUCUGGUACGCGUGGCUGCGGCGCGGCGGCAACUGUGCGUGGAAUUGCUGUGUGUCGCCGCCGCCGUGCUGCGUCGCAACCCCGAGCUUACCCUCUCGCACGCCCUCGACCUCGACCGCCUGCUGGACGACGCGCAUCACACCUAUGCCAAGGACAGCGGCCUGGCGGAGGUGUCGGACGAGGCACUGAGCAACGCGCCGCCCGCAGUGUCGGUGGGGUACCUGGCGCGCGCGGUCGUCAACAGCGUGUUGCACGCCGCCGCCGCCCCACACUUCCUGCCGGCCGCUAGCUCAUCGGCGCAACCUUCCUGCCUGCUAUCAUAACGCGCCAUCUCUCGAUGCGUCAACAACGCGCCAUCUCUCGAUGCGUCAACAACGCGCCAUCUCUCGAUGCGUCAACAACGCGCCGCCCGCAGUGUCGGUGGGGUACCUGGCGCGCGCGGUCGUCAACAGCGUACUGCACGCCGCCGCCGCCCCACACUUCCUGCCGGCCACUAGCUCGCCGGCGCAACCUUCCUGCCUACUCUCAUAACGCGCCUGCUCACGAUGCGUCAACAACGCGCCGCCCGCAGUGUCGGUGGGGUACCGUAUAAACUCACUAAACUGUCGACAACGUACCUACUCAUUUUUUUUUAUAUAAUCGGGCAAUCAGUUAGCUAAAGUUCAUGAUAUUACCGAAUGCCGAUAUAGGGUUGCAACAGCCACCAACCUGAUAAAAUUAUCAUCAAAGGAAAGUUUAUUUUUUACCACAAUAACACAACACUAUCUUAACCAAUCUUUUAAGUGGUGUUGUCUAUGACUCCAUGGAGGUUGGAGAGAAGUAGAACGAUCGCUACGUACUAAAGCAUUAGCCCGCUGGACCCUGAAAAGUUUUAAAAGGACAAUGUUAAAAUUGGCCUAAGAACCAACACCAAUUUGGCAUUUAUGAUAAUUCUUAAUAUAUUUUUUGGGAUAAUUAUCAGUAUUUAGAUUGUGACGGACUUAAAAAGUUAAAAAAUAAUCUGAGACAAUAAAUACCAUUUUAUGUGUAUAAUCUAUUACAGCGCUGCAAACAAAACACUAUUCUUCCUAAUGCCGGCACUUCACUUGGCUAUUCGUAUUUGCUGUUUUUUAACAUGACAUCAGUCUGUCCUUUUCAUUCCUUAUUAAGCAUGACAAGGACAAACUGUUGUCAAGUGAAGGGCCGGCAUAAAACUCGAUACUCUGUGGUUGUGGUGCAAGCAGGCAGUUUGCAUUCGUAGUAAUCUGUGGCAUGUGUGCAUUCCAAAGGGUAGAUUAUUAUACAAGACAGUGCAUUCUCGUUUCAUAUUACCUGUUGUGUGUGUUUAUUUGCGAUUGUUUUUCCUAUAAUUUAACUAUUUUGGCUAUCUAAUAUGCCCUCGAUGUUACCAAAGAGUUAACUUAUUACCAAGUGCUAGUGAACCUGUGCCACAACAUCCUGAGAGGAUCAUACUGCCAAAUUAUUCAAGAACACCUGAUACACCUUCACGCUGCAUAUUUACACAAUAUACACGUGAUAUAUAAAUUAAUACAAUAUGAUACAAUUAUAUGAAAAAUAGUCAAUAAAUAAGAAGCAUAACUACAGUUUUUAUUUUAUUCAUGAUUCCUACCUAUCCAAGGUUUCUAAUAGUUAAAUUCUUUAAAAUCGCACCGGAUAAAAUGAAUUAGUUGUAAUAUUAAUUCACUUCAUACUAAGUUCAUAGGUUGACCUAUGUUUCAUUGAAUAUUAAACAUAACCUCAAAAAACAUUUAGUUUUCCUAAUAAUUUAAGUUCUCAGAAGUGUCCGUCAAUAAUCUUUGUUUUUACAGUCAUUUACUUACGAUUUCGAACCUAGAAAAUAAUAUUUCAUGGUUUGGUAUUGUUGGUUCUUAGGCUAACUAUGUAUGGACGCUGAACAAUGUCCUUUAUAGUUUCAGACACCAGCCGCGCUGCCGUCGGUAAGUAGUAUGUGUGAAGUUAGCUGUUUAUGAGUACAAGUACAUGAAGUUAGUUGAAUAUUGUACAAAUUUUCUUCGCGGCAUUGGUCAUUGCAAAUUAUCCCGCUUUUAUUGAGACAACUUAGCGAUCGCGGCGCUUCACUUAUUUUGUCCAUAUUUCUAGGACACUAUUUUCUACAGCGAUCGUUCUCCUUAUCUCUAACCUCCAUGAGUAGGGGGAUCGCGUCAAGGUAGGUAACGCAUGUGUGAUACUUAAGUUAUGUAUUGCUUAUGUAUGCUGGCCGUUUUAUGACCUGCCCUUUAGUAAACCAUAGCCUAGGAUGUUUGCAAUGUAAGAUGGAUGGAUGGAUGACGCCUACUCUUGACUCCUUUGAUUACCCUGUAAAGCUCUGGGUAUGAUUUUGUAAACUAUCAUUUUUUGUGUUAUUGUAGAUACAUUGUUAAAGUAAUUUCCAUAAAUAUAUUUGUAAAAUAGUAGAAAACCUAUUUUGGCCAAUAUAAAAUAUUUGUGCCAUUGUAUUUGUAUGUUAAGGCCAUUUCAAAUAGAUGUUCCUCUUUCGGCAAAUGAUUGAUUUGGUCUUUAUUUUUUAAUAAAAUGUUGAUAUGAUAAGUAUGAUUUUAUUUUAUACAAAACAAUCACAAUCAUCCACAUGUAACUUGUAAAUCCUGGAAUCACACAAACAUUUGUUCAUAUCGCAUUACUCAAAUUCACUACUUAAAAUAAAUUAUCUGGCAAUGUGCACUAUAGUCCAUUGUAUAUUUUAUUAUUUGGUGACUGUUUGAGUAUUUUCCGCAAUGCUGAAACAAAAAAUUGUAUAUAAGCAAUAUGUUAACUUCUUAUAAAUUUAAAAUAGUAAGUUUAGUUUAAAAAUAAACUCACCUUCUUUAUCUUCAUCGGUAAAGUCUUGUUUAGGGAAAUCAAUAUCAAAUGUGACAUAUAAAUUACCGUGGAGGUUAUUAUUUUCGAAAUUAGGCAUGCCUUCACCCUUCUUACGAACACGUGCACCUGCCCAUGUGACUUUAUCCCGAGAAACUGUUACUUUAUGUCCAUCUAAGUGCAUCAAGUCAAGUGUGAAACCUGUCAAUGCAUCCUGGAAAAAAAAUUAUUACGUAUUAAUUAAGACGCAAAGCAAAAAUAUGCUAAAAAACCUGACAUCCUUUUUUAGCUGUAGCAAAGAGCAUAUUGCUACAGUUAACAGAAAUUUUGGAAUAUGAAUAAUUAUUAUUUUUAUACAAACCUGUAAUGAUAUAGUGACAUUAGUAUACAGAUCAUCACCUCUUCGUGUGAACUGUGGAUGUCUUUCAGUUCUGAAAACAAUGACUAGAUCUCCAGGCUCUCCAUCUACAUGGGGUUCACCUUCCCCUCUUAACCUAGAUUUGUGACCGUCGGGAGCCCCAACUUCUACCUAAAAUGUAAGAAAAAUUAUUACAGACAAUAUAAUAACAUACAUUUGCAAAUUCUAGAAAAUCUACCUUUAAUACUAUCACAUUUUGAUAAUACAUUGUAACAAAUUUUCUGAUUUAUCCUACUAAUAUGCAUAUAGUUUAUGACCUGGAUUGAGACAUUUUUUUCCAGAAAAAUGUUCGGUUCCUGUGUGAUUUUAUCAAAAAACUAAAGAUAAUCCAGAAUAACUUGUGGGUGGCCACUAGUGCCUAUAACAAUAGCCCAAGCAAACUGAUUUUUUUCUAUUUUUAUUUUCAAGUAGAAAGUUGGACUGGCAGCUUUCCUAUAGUUUUGUGGUAACAAUAUGGGUUUCAGAUAGGAAUAUAUAACUGUUAAUAUGGUAUUGCAUCUAUGAUCUCUGCCAAUCAUAAGGAAAACAUUAAAUGUAGUUUUUUUUAAAUAUAAUUACCUCGAUUUCUAAUAAUCUUUCUUCAUUAACAAACUUUACGUUUGGACAUUCAUCACAAACAGUCUGCUGCAUCAUUUGAAAGCGCCCUGGUCCAAGAUUGCGAGUCACCAUUUCUUGUCUGCAAUUACAUUUUCUUGUGCCCGAAGACGGUUUGAUGACUGGUUUAUUGCGAGUUAUCUAAAAGUUGCAGAAAGUUAUACUUCAAUUUUGACAAAUAGUAGAAACCGUAGUAUGCAAUCAGAGUUUAAGGGACUCCUAUUCUGUACUUCCAGGGCCCAAGAGGUUAUACUUGAAUUUUUUUGUAGCAGGAAAGGUGUCUAUUAACUAAGUUUUUGUUCUGGCGCCUCGGCGGUCGCUGCCGCGGCACGCUCGCUUUGAUCGCUCGGCGCACGCGUUAUGAUCACAACACUAACCUAACCUACUGUGAAGGAUCGCCACUUGGGCCCUGGAAGCACAGGUUACCCAAGCACUAUCAUAAGGAAACUACUUACUUCUAUAAAGUUACCAUUAUAAAGUUCUUCUAAUGAAACUGUUAGUUCCAUCACAACAUCCGCCCCUCUUGGAGUUUCAUGUUGUUGAGGUUCACCACCAAAAUGAAAUCCAAAAUCACCAAAGAAACUUGCGAAGGGAUCAUUAUUGUUCAUCAUGCCAUCUUUUUUGAGACAGUCUUCACCACAACGAUCAUACAGCUCGCGUUUUUCAGAGUCGGAAAGAGCUUCAUAUGCGGCACCAAGAUCUUGAAAUUUCUGUGAAGCAUCAGGGUCGUCUUGGUUUUUAUCUGGAUGUAGAGCUUUUGCUAAUUUUCUGUAAGCUUUUUUAAUUUCAUUCGUACUUGCUGAACGCGAAACACCUAAUAUAAGAUAAAAGUCGCGACCGGCUAGUGUUAGAACCAGGGCUGAGGUAAAGUAAAUUAAACAUAAGACUGCAGUAUUAGAGAACAUAUUUUCAAAAUUGUAGGAACUUAUACACUGAGGAAGUAUUAAUUUAAAUUAAUAGCAAAACUGAACUCCACACAUUUCAACUCGACUUUUGACGUAUGAAAGAUUUGUCAAAAUAGGCGUAUUGAAAGCAAAUUCGUCACACUGCAAUUGGUUCACGUUUAACUACUACACAAUCUAGACGAGAAGUACAUACCAUACAUUAAUGGAAAUAAAGACUAAAUUUGCUUAAAUAAAAAAUGACCAAUAAGAAACAGC